UUUUUUAAUAAGUAAGUAUGUCAGAGAUAUCAUUUAAGGAUAAGGUUGUUGUUGUUACCGGAGCCGGAGGAGGGUUAGGUAAGCAUUAUUGUCUUGAGUAUGCUAAGAGAGGAGCCAAGGUUGUUGUUAAUGAUUUGGGAGGAUCCUUGAGUGGUAAUGAUGAUGGAGGAUCCAAGGCUGCUGAUGUCGUUGUGAAUGAAAUCAAGUCUAGUGGAGGAAUUGCUGUUGCUGAUUAUAAUAAUGUUUUGGAUGGGGAUAAGAUUAUUGAAACCGCGGUGAAAAAUUUCGGUACCGUUCAUAUUUUGAUUAAUAACGCUGGGAUUUUGAGAGAUGCUUCAUUCAAGAAGAUGAACGAGCGUGAUUUCCAAUUGGUGCUUGAUGUUCAUGUGAAUGGUGCUUUUAAGGCUACCCAGGCUGCUUGGGAGCAUUUCAGAAAACAAGGUUAUGGUCGUGUCAUAAAUACUGCUUCUCCUGCUGGGUUAUACGGGAACUUUGGUCAAACCAAUUAUUCUGCUGCUAAAUCUGGUUUGGUUGGUUUUGCUGAAACUUUGGCUAAAGAGGGGGAAAAAUAUAACAUUGUGGUUAAUACUAUUGCUCCAUUGGCUAAAUCAAGAAUGACUGAAUCGGUGUUACCUCCUCCAAUUUUGGAACAAUUGAGUCCUGCUAAGAUUGCUCCUUUGGUUUUAUACUUGACUCAUGAUUCAAAUCAAACCACUGGUCAAAUUUUUGAAGUUGCCGCUGGGUUCUAUGGUCAAAUUAGAUGGGAACGUUCUGGUGGGGUUUUGUUCAAACCAGAUGAAUCUUUUACUGCUGAAUCGGUUGCCAAAAAAUUUGAUGAGAUUUUGAACUUCGACGAUUCUUCCAAACCAGAAUUAUUAAAGAAUCAACAUCCUUUUAUGUUGAAUUUCUACGAAGAAUUAACCAAAAACGCUAGACAAUUACCUUCAAAUGAUAAUUCAGGGGUUGAUCCAGUCACUUUGAAAGACCGUGUCGUUUUAAUUACUGGUGCUGGUGCUGGUUUAGGUAGAGCCUAUGCUCUCUAUUUUGCUAAAUAUGGGGCUAAGGUUGUUGUUAAUGAUUUUAAAGAUCCUUCUAAAGUUGUUGAUGAAAUUAAAGCCGCUGGUGGGGAAGCCCAUGGUGAUACUCAUGACGUUGCUAAUCAAGCUCAAGAAAUUAUCGAUAACGUUGUUAAUAAAUACGGUACCAUUGAUGUCUUGGUUAAUAAUGCCGGUAUCUUGAGAGAUCGUUCUUUUGCUAAAAUGUCUUGGGAUGAAUGGAAAUUGGUCCAACAAGUUCAUUUGAAUGGUACCUUUAAUUUAACCAGAUUGGCCUGGCCUCACUUCUUGAAGAAUAAUUACGGUAGAGUGGUUAACAUCACUUCUACUUCUGGUAUUUAUGGUAACUUCGGUCAAGCCAAUUAUUCCACCGCUAAAUGUGCCAUUUUGGGUCUUUCAAAAACUAUUGCCCUUGAAGGUGCUAAAAAUAAUAUUAAAGUUAACGUGGUUGCUCCUCAUGCUGAAACUGCUAUGACUUUAACCGUUUUCAGAGAAGAAGAUAAAAACUUGUAUCCUCCAGAAUUGGUUGCUCCUUUAUUGGUUUACUUGGCUUCUGAAAAUGUUCCAGUCACUGGUGAAUUAUUCGAAGCCGGUGGUGGUUGGAUUGGUAACACUAGAUGGCAAAGAGCUAAAGGUGCUGUUUCCACUGAUGAAGUUACCACUCCUGAAUUUGUUAAAGAUCACUUUAAUGAUGUCAUUGAUUUCUCAACUGGUACCGCUAAUCCUAAAUCAACUACCGAAUCUUCAAUGGCCAUUCUUUCUGCCGUUCAAGGUGAUGAUGAUGACGAUGAUGAAGAUGAAGAUGAUGACGAUGACGAUGAAGAAGAAGGUGAAGAUCCAGUCUUUACUUAUGGUGAUAGAGAAGUCAUUCUCUAUAACUUGGCUGUUGGUGCCACUCACAAAGAAUUACCUUACGUUUAUGAAAAUGAUCAAGAAUUCCAAGUUGUUCCAACUUUUGGUCACUUGCCAACUUUCAACUCUGUGAAGUCUCAAAUGAGUUUUUCAAAAUUAUUACGUAAUUUCAAUCCAAUGCUUUUAUUACACGGUGAACAUUACAUCAAAAUUGAAAAAUGGCCUGUUCCAACUGAAGGUUCUAUCAAGACUUCUUAUCAACCAUUAGCCAUCACUCAAAAGAAAACUAAUACCAUCGUUGUUCAUGGUUCCAAAUCUGUUGAUAGUAACACUGGUGAAACUGUCUUUUCAAAUGAAGCUACUUUCUUUAUUAGAAAUUGUGAAGGUGAUACUAAACAAUAUGCCGAACGUAAAUCUUUUGCUGUUGCUCAAUUCAAUGCUCCAAAAUCUGAUGCAGAAUUCACUCAAGAUAUUAAGAUUUCUGAAGACCAAGCUGCCUUGUAUAGAUUAACUGGUGAUCGUAAUCCAUUACAUAUUGAUCCUGCCUUUGCUGCUGGUGCUAAAUUCGACCGUCCUAUCUUACAUGGUAUGUGUACUUACGGUUUAUGUGCUAAAGUUUUAUUAGAUAAAUAUGGUCCAUUUAAUGAAAUUAAAGCUAGAUUCACUGGUAUUGUUUUCCCAGGUGAAACUUUGAGAGUUUAUGCCUGGAAACAAGGUGAUACUGUUAUCUUCCAAGCUCAUGUUGUUGAAAGAAAAACUAUCGCCAUUAACAAUGCUGCUAUUAAAUUAAUUAGUGAUAAAGCUAAGAUUUAAUUUUGAAUGCUUAUGAUUUUUUAUUCAAAUGAGUCCUUUUAUUUAGUUCGUUUUUAUUUUUAUGUCCACUG